AUGCAGUUGGCCAUGCUGUGGACCCUGAGCCUGUUUCCAAGCACCCUGGCCCUUCCACUGCUGAAGAUCCCAGACGCAAAAGGCAUCCGACCCGAGCAGCAGCAGGAGCAGGCUCUGACCUAUCUCAAGAGGUUUUACCCAUCAAACUCAAACGUCAAAGAUGAGGAUGCUUUAGAAGUAAAGGUCAAGAUGAUGCAGAAGUUCUUUGGCCUGCCCAUCACUGGAGAGAUAAACUCCGACAUAGUAGAAAUCAUGCAGAAGCCCCGAUGUGGAGUGCCAGAUAUCGCCAAUUAUACACUGUUCCCGGAUAUGCCCAGAUGGCCUUACAGAGUGGUGACCUACACGAUUGUCUCCUACACGAACCACUUACCCCCUGCUAUCGUGAAUCAUCUAGUGAAAAAGGCCUUCGAGAUAUGGGGCAGAGAGAUCCCUUUGGAGUUCGUUGAAGUCAUUGAUGAGCAGUACGCUGACAUCGUCAUUAGCUUUUCCAGAGGAGCUCACGGAGACAACUACCCCUUCAAAGGGCCAGGAAACACGCUGGCCCAUGCCUACUCCCCAGGCCAGGGUCUGGGAGGAGAUGUCCACUUCGACCUGGAUGAAUUCUGGACCCACAGCCAGAAUCGAGGGAUUAGUUUCCUGAUUGUGGCGACUCAUGAAUUCGGCCAUUCUUUGGGCUUGGCUCAUUCUUCAGACCCCAGAGCUGUGAUGUACCCAACCUAUCGCAAGAGAGACCUCUCGGAUUUCAGACUUUCUCAGGACGAUAUCAAUGGCAUUCAGAGAUUAUAUGGUAAUUAA